UUAGUGUACCGAAAAAGACUUAACCUGCUAUUGGAAUUGCUUCCACCGGUAUUAUUUCCCGCCUGAUAAAUUGAUUCUCCAGUACAACCGCACCAGGUCGCUCCCAAAGUUUCCUCGCUACUCAAUUGAAACAUACGGAUUCCAUCCCAGCUCACAGCGAUUUCCCAGAUCAUAUUUCAACAUGUCUAAGAAACGAGGGCUCUCUUUGGAUGAGAAACGUGAGAAGAUGCUUCAGAUUUUCUAUGAAUCCCAGGAUUUCUUCCUUCUUAAGGAACUUGAGAAAUUGGGUCCUAAAAAAGGUGUAAUUACCCAAUCAGUGAAAGAUGUGCUCCAGUGUCUGGUGGAUGAUGACCUCGUUUUCAAGGACAAGAUAGGAAGUUCAGUAUAUUUUUGGAGUCUUCCUAGCUGUGCUGGUAACCAGCUGAGGAACAUACAAAGGAAGCUCACCAACGAUCUCCAAAGUACUGAAAAGCGAUAUACGGAACUAAGUAAUCAGUGCAAUGCUUUAAAGAAGGGACGAGAGGAAUCUGAUGAACGAGAGGAAGCACUUGAUGAGCUUAAAGCUAUUGAACAGAAGUAUAAUCAGCUCAAGAAUGAAAUUGCGCAAUACUCAGACAAUGAUCCGGCUACCUUUGAGGCUACGAAGAAGGCUGUUGAAGUGGCUCAUACAGCAGCUAAUAGAUGGACAGACAACAUAUUUACACUGCGACAAUGGUGCUCAAACAACUUUCCUCAGGCAAGAGAGCAACUCGAUCACCUGUACGAAGAGGUUGGCAUAACUGAUGACUUUGAUUAUGUGGAGUUGCCUGCAGUUGCUGCACCCUGCUCUACUGGAGAUAAGGGCAGCCUUUAGUUCAUGUAGAAAAUGCUUUAAUUGGAAUAUUGGUACUGGGUUUAUUUGCAAAGUGAUAGUAUGAGUAGCAUUAGUUACCUUUAUGUGGAGUUGCAUUUACUCUCAUCUGCAUGGACAAGUUCAUUGUCUGUAGACGAACUGUACAUUUUACAUCAGUAAAUGACUUGUCAAUUAGCUUCAGUUUUUGUUUGGUUUGCGGAUGGAAGAUAUAUAGUCAUGCUGUGGAUGUUUUGCGUGCAUUUUGGCGUUGGUUACUUGGUUUCCUAAUGGGGCUUGUUCCGGUACUUUACUACUAAAGUCUCUGAUGUUAGUCCACCGCUACAAAUUUGUGGGCC